GGGUGGGUGAACAGAGGAUGCAGCCUUUUGCCCAUCCCCGCCCUGUCACCACCACGUCCCUGUAAGCGCGUGUGUGCGCACGGGGUGCUCAGGAGUGUCCGUGUGUCCGUGUGUCCGUGCGUGUGCUCCUGGCCCUGCACGCCCAUCGCCACAACUCGUCCCCGCCUGGGCUGACAACCCUGCAGAGCGCACCUCGGCUGCGUGCUGAGUGCGGCUCCGGAGCCGGGCACCAGUUACCACGUCGGGUGGUGCUGUGUUUGUGCAGGUUACGGAUUGGAUUUCUAGCAAGCUUCUCACCACAGUGAAAAGACAAGCUGAUGUGAGAAAGGAGCUAUGUCCGUUACGGGAAGAUGCCGCGUGCCCCAUCUCCUGGUUCUUCUCACACUCGCGUUCGGCGGGGAGCGGAUUGAGGCACAAAGAGCAGGUUGCAAGAAUGUUCACUAUGACCUUGUCUUCAUCUUGGAUGCCUCCUCCAGCGUCGGAAAAGAAGAUUUUGAAAAAGUUCGGCAGUGGGUGUCUAAUUUGGUGGAAACUUUUGAGAUUGGCCCAGACAAAACCCGUGUAGGUGUGGUGCGAUACAGUGAUCGUCCAACCACAGAGUUUGACCUGGGAAAAUACAAAACCCGUGAGGAAAUCAAAGAGGCUGCACGAAAAAUUAAGUAUUAUGGAGGUAAUACGAACACUGGAGAUGCUCUGAGAUACAUCAACACCUACAGUUUUUCCAAAGAAGCUGGUGGGAGACUUAGUGAUCGAACUGUUAAAAAAGUGGCUAUCCUUCUGACUGAUGGAAGGAGCCAGGAUUAUGUCUUGGAUCCAGCCACUGCAGCCCAUCAGGCUGGGAUUAGGAUCUUUGCUGUGGGUGUUGGCGAAGCCUUAAAAGAGGAACUUGAUGAGAUUGCUUCAGAACCUAAGUCUGCUCAUGUGUUUCAUGUCUCCGAUUACAAUGCCAUUGACAAAAUUCGGGGGAAGCUGAGAAGACGUCUCUGUGAAAAUGUCCUGUGUCCAAAUGUCCAUGUGGAAGGAGAUCGAUUCAAACACACCAAUGGGGGGACUGAUGAGAUUCCAGGAUUCGACCUGAUGGAUUCGUUCAGUGUGAAACAGAUUUUUGGAAUGAAAGAAAAUGGAAUUCAGAGUGCUUAUGUACGACUUGGAAGCUUCCCUGUUGUUCAGAAAACUGAGGAUGUAUUUCCACAAGGUCUGCCUGAUGAAUAUGCCUUUGUAACUACCUUCAAAUUCCGGAAGGCUUCCAGGAAAGAAGACUGGUAUAUUUGGCAGAUUAUUGACAAGUACGGCAUACCACAGGUUUCAAUCCGACUGGAUGGAGAGAACAAAGCUGUGGAGUACAAUGCCAUUGGGCUCACCAAGGACGCCGUGAGAGUGGUCUUCCGAAAUGCACGAGUCAGUGAUCUUUUUGACCGCAGCUGGCACAAAAUUGCCCUCAGCAUUCAGUCAAAGGCUGUCUCACUUUACAUAGACUGCAGACUGGUGCAGAUGCUACCUAUUGAAGACAGGGAAAAUAUUGACAUUCAAGGAAAGACUGUGAUUGGCAAACGCUUGUAUGACAGCGUCCCCAUUGAUUUUGAUCUUCAGCGGAUGGUUAUUUACUGUGAUUCUCGGCAUGCUGAACUGGAGACCUGCUGUGACAUUCCCUCUGGACCAUGCCAGGUCACGGUCCUGACGGAAGCACCUCCCCUGGAAUUGAGGCCCACUGUUGGCAACGAGCAAGUUGGCCACCUCAAGACUGUCAACUGCUCCUGUCCUGCUGGACAAAAGGGGGAGAGAGGUCCAACUGGCCCUGAAGGUCCUAAAGGUCAAAAGGGAGAAAGUGGCAGCCAAGGGCUUGCUGGACUCAGAGGAGAAAAAGGAGAGUCAGGCAGAGCCUAUGGCAGAGGAGAAAAAGGAGAAAAGGGUGAAGAAGGUUCCCCUGGCUUUCCUGGACUGAAAGGGGAUAAAGGAGAAAAGGGGUCCCUGGGCUCACCUGGCCCCCCUGGGAAGGAUGGAGCGAAAGGAGAAGCCGGUGAACCAGGACAGCCAGGAGCAUUUGGACUGCCUGGGCCAGCAGGUCCAAAGGGAUCCGAGGGAAAACAGGGUCCUCCAGGAAUUAAAGGCUAUGUUGGAGCACCGGGUCUACAAGGAGAAAGAGGAGAAAAGGGAACACGAGGAGACAAGGGAGAACGAGGCCUUGAUGGGUUGCCUGGAAAGCCGGGUGUGGAGGGGAAACAGGGCCCUGCUGGCAGCCCGGGCCCUCCAGGUACCAGUGGGACCAAAGGAGAAAAGGGUGAACCAGGACUUCCAGGAUUGCCUGGCUCUUCAGUGCAUACUGAAGGCCUAAAAGGAGAGCAAGGAGAGCCUGGGCCACGAGGACCACAAGGCCAACCUGGACUUCCUGGACCACCGGGAGAGGCUGGUCUGGAAGGCAAGCCUGGAGUCCCUGGUUUACCAGGUCAAAGGGGUAAAAAGGGAGAACCUGGAUUCCCAGGAAUCAACGGUCUGAUUGGUCCUCAGGGACCUCCAGGGCCCCCAGGCAUUGCUGGACCUCCUGGACCACCUGGAACACCAGGACUGCCAGGAGAAAUGGGAGUUUCUGGUAAAACUGGACCACCAGGACCAGCUGGGUUGCCUGGCAAAGAUGGAUUCAAUGGGCUUCCUGGGCUUCCAGGUCAAAAGGCAAAACAAGGGGAAAAGGGUGAGGAAGGCUUUCCUGGAAAAGCUGGCCCUAAGGGUGAACCGGGGAGCCGUGGCCAACCUGGUGAGCAGGGUGAAGCAGGUCUUCCUGGUCUUCAGGGUUUACCUGGACUGAGAGGAGAAAAAGGAGACCAGGGAGAAAAAGGAAAAGAUGGUUUCCCAGGAUUGAAAGGCGAAAGAGGAGAAAAGGGUGACACGGGUUCCCCUGGACCACCAGGCUUACCUGGAACAACAGCCUUCUUCACCCCACACCCUAGGAUUCCUGGUGAACCUGGACCAAAAGGGGAGAAAGGAGAUCGAGGAACGAGCGGCGAACCUGGAUUACCUGGGGUCCCAGGUGAACAGGGUGUCCCAGGACCUGCAGGACUACAGGGCACAAAGGGGCAGAAAGGAGCCCAAGGUGAAGCCGGAGCUUCUGGAGAGACUGGUGUGCCUGGACCAGCAGGGCCCCCAGGUCCAAGAGGCUUGCCAGGAAAUGUGGGUGUGCCUGGAGACCCUGGAUUACCGGGAAAGGAGGGAGCAAAGGGGGAAAAGGGUGAUCCUGGAAAAGAAGGAGAAGUGGGUUUACCUGGGCCUGCUGGUGAGCCAGGGCCUGCUGGAGAGCCAGGUUUGCCUGGUAAGGGUAAAGAUGGAGAACAGGGGCAAAGAGGCCCGCCAGGCUUGCCAGGACCCUUUGGACAUAAGGGUGAGAGAGGACCUCCUGGCCUCCCAGGACAGCCAGGAGACAGAGGUGUGCCAGGAAUCGGGCUGGCUGGACCCCCUGGCCCUGUGGGACCCCCAGGAGACAAAGGGUCAUUGGGUCCCCGUGGUGUACCUGGUAUCCCUGGACCACAGGGGCCUCCUGGCCAGGAUGGUCUACCUGGAAAUCCAGGAGAAAGGGGACCUCCUGGAAAACCAGGUUCCUCACCCCUACUGUCUCCAGAGGACAUAAAUCUCUUAGUAAAGGACGUGUGCACUGAAUGCCCUCCUGGCCCACCAGGACUGCCAGGCAUCCCAGGUUUCAAAGGCGAUAAAGGUCUUCGAGGACCACCAGGUAGAGAUGGCCAGGAUGGGAAAAUGGGGAGUGCUGGUCCCAGAGGUCCUGCAGGCCCACCUGGACUGGAUGGCCCAAAGGGUGCCAAAGGAGACCGUGGUAUGACUGGGGAUGCAGGAGAAAAAGGUGAACAGGGCCACCCUGGAAUGCCCGGCUUCUCAGGGGCUCCUGGAAACCCUGGUCCGCCUGGACCAGAUGGAGCACCAGGACCAAUAGGACCAGCAGGAAACCCAGGAGACAUAGGUAAAGAUGGCCCUCCAGGUCCACAGGGCCCACCAGGGUUGCCUGGACUUCCAGGCAUUGCUGGGAAUGAUGGCAAAGAUGGCAAGCCAGGAUCCCUUGGGGAACCGGGAAAGCCUGGAGAACCAGGGCUCCCAGGCCAGGAGGGUGCCAGAGGCUUACCGGGUUUCAAAGGACAGAGAGGAGAUACAGGUCCCCCAGGUCCCCGGGGGGAGCCAGGUGCGACAGGUCCCACUGGGCGUGAGGGGCCACCAGGCAAGGAUGGUGAUACCGGUCCCAUAGGACCACAGGGCCCUCGAGGACUCAGAGGGCAGCCGGGCAAGAAUGGAUCACCUGGAUCUGCGGGAGAACCUGGCCCAGCAGGUAACCCAGGCCCUAAAGGAAAUAAAGGAGAAAACGGCAACCCAGGACUCCCUGGCUUCAUAGGACCCCGAGGACCACCUGGCGAACCAGGAGAGAAAGGUCCUCCCGGGAAAGAGGGUGCACCAGGGAAACCAGGUGAAAUCGGCUCCAAAGGAGAGAGGGGAGAGCCUGGCAUCAAAGGCGAAAAAGGCCCUCAAGGAGAAAAGGGCCCUCCAGGUGAUCCUGGGAUACCUGGUCAUAAAGGCCAUCCAGGACUGAUGGGUCCCCAUGGACCCCCAGGAGACACGGGGCAAGUUGGACCUCCCGGUCCCCCAGGACAGCCAGGAUUUCCAGGACCAAGGGGGGAACCCCCAUCUCUAGAGACUUUGAGAAGGCUCAUCCAAGAGGAGUUAGCCAAGCAGCUAGAUGCAAAGUUAGCCUAUCUCCUGGCUCAGAUACAGCCUACACAUGUAAAAGCAUCCCAUGGCAGACCAGGACCUCCUGGUCCCCCCGGGAAGGAAGGACUCCCAGGAAGAACUGGCCCUCCAGGAGAGCCUGGCCGGCCUGGACAGACUGGGUCUGAAGGGCCACCUGGACCGAUUGGUCCCAAAGGCGAAAGAGGAGCAAAGGGUGAGAAAGGAGACACUGGCAUUGGCCAACGAGGGGAAAUAGGUCCUCCGGGAAUUCCAGGCCUCCCAGGGGAGCCUGGGUAUGCCAAAGAUGGGAUGCCAGGACCACCUGGCCCUCAAGGUGAAGCUGGGGUACCUGGUCUCACGGGCCCACAGGGACCUCCAGGAGCCAACGGACAGUGUGACCCCACUCAGUGCGCUUACUAUGCAAGCUUGGCUGCCAGACCCGCCAACGUCAAAGGGCCAUAGCGUGCAGGGAGUAUCCCCAGACUUGUCUCUAAAACUUGAAUUCAUCACAUCUGCCAAGAGCUCUCAGAUGUCUUCAACUGUCUUUCUUUCAUGGGAGGCCUUCUAAAGCCAACAAAUGCUGCCGGUCGGUCAGAUUAUUUUUAUGAAUUAUAAUUAUUAUUAUUAUUAUCUUUGAUGUGAUAUGUGAAUUUGUUUUUGUUUUCUCUAACAUCAGGGCAUAUUAAAACAUUAAAAAUAGGUGUUUUUUUUCCUCUUUUGAAGAGCAUAUAAUAUUAAUGCAUUGUGUAUCUUCUUAUGCAAAACCAUUCCAAUGCCAAAAUUUUUGUCUGUUAUCUGAUUAAUUCUUUCCAUAGCUUUACCCCUCACCCUUGAAACCCAAAUCAAAUCUCGCAGCCCAGGGCAUUAACUGUGAGACACAGGCUGAUUGCAGGAUUGUUGUUUCUAUCUGCCAUCCACAUGGAAGGGAGGUAGGCAAAGCCAUGCCAAAGCUGGAAAAGAGGUCUCCAGUACACUCAACUCACAAUGGACAGAUGGUUAUGAACAGUCAGUUUGUGUUUCCCAGAAGACUCCCUGUUAAAUUUAACCUUCUUCUACCCAUAAGUUAACUCUGUCCUGUAGGAGCUACAUUUUAUGGGACUGUGUGGGAUCUGACAGCAAGGCCUGAACAGACCACAGAGAUGAUCUAAACCUCCUCACUGCUCCCUGUGCAAGAGCUUCAGUACUCAGAGGGUUUGGUUCUACCAGAUGGAACUUAUCUUCCUUCUAUCAGGGAGAUGCCUCUGCAAAAAGCUUCGAUGCUGUCCUCUGUCAGCUCAGGGUUGCCGAAUCCCUUGUUCAUUGUCAGCACACACACAGCUCCCUACCACUGCUUCACCCCAAAAAAAUCAGCCAGAGCAGCAUAGAAAUUCACCUGGUAUUAAAAAUCUCAGGAAGCCAAGUUUUGACCCAACUUCACUGUUUCGGAUGAUCCACUAUGACAAUAACUUGGCAAGGUCAUGUUUUAAAGGGUAGGUGAGAAGCUGUUUUCCCCUGUCAGCUAAUUGCCAAAGUCAACCUGAGAAUGCAAAGAGAAAGUAAAGAGGGGAUGGAGUCUGAAAACACCUUCACAAUAGGUCAUUUGUGAGUUUAACCCUCUGACCAAGACAAGUCCACACACAAAGGUGGGGAUCUGAGAGGUGAUCAGGCCUUGGAUAUAUGUGCUGGCCAGCAAAGCAGCUGCAUUUUCAAAACUCUUCUGCACAAAGCAGUUUGUAGUGAGAGAUCGGAGUAACGAACCUGACACAGGCACUAACUGCAGAAUGUGUUUGGAAAUCUCUUCGGGUCUUUUGGAGACGGAAAAGAGGCACCCUGCCCUGCUGGCACGUUCACCAUAUGGCAUGGUGCUUCCAAGCUGGCUAAGCUGAGCAGAAGCCACAGCUGUCUAUAAGCACCCCAGAAUCAGACCCUGAAGCUAAAGCCCAGAGAUAAUAAUUUGCCAGCCUUGGAGUCUUUUUCUCACCCACUAGCAGAUAAAAUUUGCCUCUGUUUUACUGAAAAACGAAAUUAAAUAACAUGUUCAUAUGCCAGGGUUAAACAGUCUUUACUGUGUAGCUCUCAGUGGUGCUAUUUUUGCUAUUUCCUAUGCAAAUAAACUCUUUGAUUUGAUUUUACUGUGUUUCUUGCUAUGGAAAGACCAAUCAAAGUGAAAAUAUGAAGUGAAAAGCUGACCGCUUUUAAGUAACUCUCAAUGGUAUAUCUGUUACUGUUCUACAUCUUAGGUCAGCUUGCUGUAUUUCAGUAUUCAGCAAGCAUGCUGAUCACAUUGUAUUUAACAUCACCACUUUUUCCUAGUCCAGGCUGAGAUUUCAUCCCUCCAGUGGUGAGGCAGAACAGGUUUUCUACGCCCAACAUGACACAAGCCAUUGUUUUGAAGAAAUGCAAUGGCAAUGAGCAGGUUUUUAUGAAGGUCAAUCAUGUUAACUGGGCUGCGUUAAUGUGACAUUUAAUUCCUGUCGUGAUGGUGACUCCUUGGCCUCUGUACCUUAUCUCUCAUCAUGUGUGUCUCCAGUGCACCAUGAGCAGGGUAGGUACAUAACGACGUUCUGUUGUUAAACGAAUUUCAGGGUCUUUCACCCCUGUGAGAUGGUGCAGUGGUAUCCAGUUGAAGGAGAUCUAGGGUUUUUUUCAGAUAACUCUUUCAUUUGAAUGUCUGUUGGAGCCAUUGCCCAGAGUCAGCGUUAGGAACAUGAGGGAUGCACCUGUAUCUUUAAUAGCAAUUAAAAGAUCUGCAUGGGUUAGGCACAGACUACAGCUCUGCAACUUCUCCACCCAGAAAAGGGGACACAGCCUAAUUCCCUUUGCUCCAGCAUACUCCCUAGCAUAUGCCUGUCUGUUCAGUCUGUUCCUGGACACACCCCAGACCGUUUCUGUGCCCUGAAUUCAGUGGGUGCCAUCUCCCAGCUUUUUCUUAAAGCUCAUUUUCUCUCCAGCCAGUUAAUUGGCAUUUACCAAGCGUAAUCUGCCGCUAGUGAGAGGAGCACGAGACACAUGCUGCAGACCUAGACCAAGACCUGGGUUUAUAGCCACCCAGUUUCUAUGGGUCAUCAUAGGCAGGCUCCUAUAGCUGCCACCUCUUUCAGAAGCCAGCCCUGUAUUAAUGUGCCUAAAAAGUCACCUGCAAUAAAAGGUAAGAAAGGAGGGUGUAUUUGCAGGAUUUCUGCCCUGCAAGCCCAAACACCAAAAGCUGCAGCAGUUUUUGCCUCAGCCUGUUCAUGCAUAUUUGCAGUCUUUGGAAAAGUGGCCAGAGAUUACUGUCCAAAUUAGGUCUGCCAUCUGGGCAGGCAGCAAACCUACAAGUACAGCCCUGGGCAUGGUCAGGAGCUGCCCUCCAGAAAACGCAGAUGCCUCUGUGCCUGAGCAGGUGACUGGGUGUGCUGGAAGGUGACAGGCAGACGUGUAUUGUCUGUCCAGCAUCUUGCAAGGUGACCAUGCAGGCAGGAGGUGGCAGAUAGAGCAGAGGCAGUGCUGAUGGCCUCUCCCCUAAUCGCUCUUGAGUGAGGGAGGGCUGUGGCUUUUGCAUCUCAAUAUUCUUGUCUCAGCAACAAAGCGCUUGGUACAUCACCCUAAAGUCUGUUCACUGAGUCUGAGGUUUAAACCCAGGAAUAUGCUGAUAUUUUUGUUGGAUUUUUUUUUUUUUUUGGCUGGUCCUGUGGUAAGUGAGGAUAUACUGUUAAAAUUGCAUUAGAGGGCCAGAAAAUGUAUUAUUUACAUAUCAAAAAGGUGCUAAUGUCACAUGGGGUUUAUGGGUGGUUUUGGUUUUUUUAAAUCAAGUGUGUAAAUUAUUGCAAUUAUAGCAAACAGACCAUUAUUCCAUUA